GGCAAUAAUUGCCACAUUCCAGUCACACGAUUGUUCUAGUAUAUGGCAACUCUGAGAAACAGCUGUUGUACUAGAUUUGUUUUGUUUACAAAAAUAUAGAAAAUUUUAAUAUAUUCGUGGAAAAAUGAGUUGUUCAUUGAAAAAAAAAGAAAAUUGCGUCGGCUUUAAUUAUCACGUGUGCACUUGAAGAUGAAAAAAACGAAAAAAAGAAAUCUUAAAAGAAGUAUAUGGGUCAGAGAGUGGCUCACAAAAAGAAAUACUGAUGGCGCAUAUAAAAAAGCACUGAUGGAGUUUCGAGAAAUAGAAAACCAACACUUUUUGUUCAACAAUUUUUUAAGGAUGAAUGAUGAAACAUUUAAGGAAUUAUUGCAUCUAGUGUCACCAUAUAUCGCAAAACAGGACACAAAUAUGCGUAAGGCAAUUCCAGCACAAGAACGCUUAGCUGUAACUCUCCGAUUUCUGGCUUCUGGAGAUAGCUACAAAAGACUUUCGGUCUUAUUUCGUAUAGCCCCUAACACCAUAUCACUUUUUGUAUCAAGUGUUUGUGAUGCAAUUUAUAAAGCAUUGAAAGGUUCAUACUUAAAGGUACUAUCAACACAAGAAGAAUGGAAUGAAGUAGCAUUUAAAUUUAACAAUCUGUGGAAUUUUCCGAAUUGCAUCGGGGCGGUUGACGGCAAACAUGUUCAAAUGGUCGCACCACCGAAUUCAGGAAGCACAUUUUAUAAUUAUAAAGGCACGCAUAGUAUAGUGCUAAUGGCUGUUGUUGAUGCCGAAUAUAACUUUUUGUAUGUUGAUGUUGGUUGCAACGGCCGUGUAUCGGAUGGUGGAGUAUUCGGAAACUGUUCCUUUCAAUGUGCUCUAGAUAACAACGAUCUUAAUUUGCCACCACCGAAACCACUACCAGGUCGUCAAGCAUCCGUACCAUUUGUUCUAGUUGCAGAUGAUGCUUUUCGCAUGCAGAAGCAUUUGCUGAAACCAUAUCCCGGUAAAAGUUUAUCUGCCGGACAGAGAAUAUUUAACUACAGGUUAUCUAGAGCUCGACGUAUCGUAGAAAAUGCAUUUGGUAUUAUGGCAAAGCGCUUUCAAGUAUUUGCAUGUCCUUCUAAACUAAAUGCGGAGAAAACUACUUCUAUAACUUUAGCCUGCUGUGCCCUGCACAAUUUUUUGUUAAAAAAAAGGUAAAUUACACAACACCGCUGCUUACAGAUCGUUAUGAUGAUAACGGUGCUUUUAUUCCGAGGACAUGGAGAAAUGAUUUUCCACUGACAGCAGUGAGUGGAACAGAAAAUACUGCAAGCUCUUACAUAAGUAAUGAAGCAAAGGCUAUUCGUGAAGAACUAGAAGAAUAUUUUAUGUCAGCAACUGGUGAAUUGCCCGGGCAAUAUAAAUAUAUAUAAUCACACUGAUUGUUGGCUAAUUUAAAAAAAAGAUGCAUUUUACUCAUUACAAUAUCUUAUAAUAUUUUAGAAAUGUUUAAAUUCGGAGAUGAAACUAUUUUAUAAGAAACCGUACUAUCUACUCAUGAGUUAAAUACAUCCCUCCUUUUAAAAAUUAGACAAAAACAAAAUUUUUUAUUGAAACUAAAUUUUUUUAAAAAUUGUUGUACUCGACAAAAACCUUCCAGAAACAAAGAAACUAUUUUCUAAACAGUUUCAAUUCAAAUAUUUGUCACAUAUUGAAAUUGAUUCAAUUAAUCUAUGAAUAUCACAUCAA